AUGCCAUCCUUGUAUAAUUCGAUCCGGAAACUCUUGUCUCUCAAGUCCAAGAAGAUCGAUGGAAUAAUGCAGGCCCACAGAACCGCCCAAGACUCGCUUCAUGCUCAUGUUACGCUUGAGAACUGGGUCACCCAGCAUGGAGGCCGGCUACACAAUGAUGUCCAGUUCUCGCAUGAUGAGAAUCUCGGGGUACAUCUCCAGGCCAAACCAGGAGCAGUGUCCGGCAAGGUGUCGCCUGGGACGUGUGUCAUGAAAAUCCCCAUCGAAUUGACAAUGUCCUUCUUUAAUGCGAUCGACUAUAAACCAGAAGGAAGUAAUUCUUCUUUUUCCUCUCAUGGAGUUGUAUUGCCAAAACAUCUUAUUGAAAGAAUUGGUCCGGAAGAAACGACUGCCUUUUUCCUGAUGGGCCAGUACUUGAGAGGGAAAGAAGGCUUUUGGUAUCCCUAUAUACAGUCUCUGCCGGGGCCAGAAGAUUUGACGACGCCUUUGUACUUUGAGGAUGGGGAUCUGGCAUGGUUGAAUAUGACAAGCCUUGCUGUUUCACGAGAGGGGCGACUGCAAAUUUGGAAAGCAAACUAUGAAAGAGGAUAUUCGAUUUUAAAGGAAUCCCAGUUUGAAGAAGCACAUCUUUAUUCUUGGGACUUGUACCUAUGGGCUUCAACCAUUAUUUCUUCACGGGCAUUCACUGCCAAAGUCCUGGCAAGCGUGAUUCCAGAACUGGAGACCUUGGAUGACAAAGUUUCUGUCCUUCUUCCCCUGAUUGAUGCGACUAACCACAGGCCGCUCUCAAAAGUGGAAUGGCAAGCCGGUACCGACAGUAUCGGACUCGCUGUCAUGGCUGAUGUCCACGCUGGUGAUGAAGUAGGAAAUAAUUAUGGCCCAAGAAACAACGAGCAGUUGAUGAUGAAUUAUGGCUUCUGUAUACCCAACAACCCAUGCGAAUACCGCGUUGUCAGCCUUCGCGCACCUCCAGGUAGUCCGCUUGCUCAGAUCAAGGCUCAGUUCGAACAGCAUUUCCCCAGACCUUCCAAAAAGAAUUCGAAAAGCGACCAGGAAGACAAGUACUAUGUCUUCUCCUUACCCUACCCACUCAUCGGCACGUCUCAACCCCUGGAAUUUUCUGUUUUCUCUCCUGAUCUACUACAUGCGCUAUCGGUCAUAUCGGCGAAUGACCGUGAAUUAGAGACGGUUACGAUUGACGAAGAAGGCUUCCGGGUUCCUUGGGAGCAAUACGGAAAUUCCAGGAAUUUAGUUGCGGCCCUGAAUCAAAUUGUUAUUGAGCUACUAUCCUAUAUCCAGAGACUCGAGAUCAGCGGACGUCAACUUGGAGAGCCCCAGAACCUAAAACAGGUUUAUGCGAAGCAAUUUCGAGAGAGUCACAUCAGUCUCUCACGAACAGCCAUAUUCAUCGCCAACUGGACAAUCACGCGCUCACAAGGCGCUUCAAAAGGCGAUCGAGAGGAGCUUCUCAAUGAAUUAUUAUCUCGCAUUCCACAGCAUAUCUUCAAUAGCGAAACUACGGAACAAGUUAAGAAGAGAAUUCUCACUAGAAAAAGUCUCCUUUCAGACAACCAGUGUGGGGAACUUUUCCGCUUUGAAGAAUUAUUCCACCUCUUGUCUACAAGUAUGCAGGGACCUAGCCGUCAAUGUCUAGAAGAAGUUGUCACUCGUGCCCAACGCGCCAUUCUCAUCGAUAAUGGUGAUGAGGUUGGAUCAGGGGACGCAGAGAAUGGACCGCACGCGCUAUUCGCUUAUGCGGCAGUGAUCUGUCUAUUCGUUGCCGUCAAACAACAUAAUCCAUCACAGCUCACCUCUCGUCUCAGGUCAUGGUGCGAUUUUCUUCUUGCUAAAUACCCGGCUCCGCCAAAUGAUGUGGCAUGGACACUUCCGGACGAGAACGACGAAGCCGUGUUAUCCGCUUAUGAUUCGUUAAUCAACGACCACCUCCCUGAUGAAGUCCUGUCUGCUGUUACGGGCUUCGUAGGCACACAAACUCCCGCCCAGGGGAAGAGAGACGCCAGCGAGUGGUGGCUUUCACCGAACUGGCUACGCUGGGCUUGGUUGGUUCUGGAACAAGAACUGGUCAUGAAUGCCAUUGAUGAUCCGCUGGAGUACAUGAUAAACGGGGCGAACGGGGGGAUGAAGACGAAAAACUUUCUGUAUGUACCGCAGGUGUAG